UUGCAUCGUACGCUUCCCGAGUGUGGAAGGUUGAAAUUAUCGUGUGCUCUUCGAUCGCGAGUGCUCUGUGUGUGAGGCUCUUGGGUGUUUUAUCGCUUGGACGGUCGCCCAAGAAAUAGCAAAAAAGCAACUGUGCCUGUGCAGAAGAAGUGCGGAGAAGAGAAAAAGAAAAAAAUAAACACUACCCACAGUGGAAGAGCCUCCGAGCGUUUCUUUUUUCGCGAAUCGGGCGUUCGCGUGUGUUCAAAGUGAGUGUUAUUCAUACGUCAAAUAUUUUCCCCGUGCAUCCUGGGCUCGGUUGUCAUAGCCUAGUUUUUGCGUUCGAAAGUUUUCUCGAUUUUCUAUUCAUGGCGAACUGUCAAUGAAAGACUCACCGAAAGGAACUUGAAGGAGCCAGCAGGAACAUACCAGCGAAGCCGCACACACAGCCAACAGUCGCUGAACGGCUGGCUGCUUUCAGCAGGCAGGAACAUUGUGUGUGUUAUAAAACACCCCGAAAAUCAAUGAAAAUUUGUGCUCCUCGGGUGGCUCUCGUGCGCUCGUUGGGCGCUUGAUUGCGUCAGGAACGGGGGGUUCCGCGUUUCGCAAGAUGAAUCCUGGUGCGCUAUCGUAAUUUAGUGUCAACUGCUGCAGGUGUUAUAGUUUUUUUUUUCUUCUAUUUUCCUGUCUACCGAUCAGCAGAUGAUUAGUUAGUGCGCGGUAGGAACGACGGUGCGGAUCAUCGCCGUGUGUAGCCCCGCAGAGAAGGGAAAACUUGUGCGAGAAAGAAAAUUGGCAAUUUCAACGUAGAAAGAAAAAGAAAUAAAUAUUGGUUUAUAGUGUGUGUUAUCAGCAGCAGGGUGUCCUGAGGCACCAAAGUGCAGAAGCAAGAGCCAUAUUUAUUCCGUGAACAGCUAGUUUAGUUGUCCGAUGCUGGAUUGAAAGAAAGAAAAAAAAACAGGAGCCGAGAAAAAUUCAGUCAAAGGAAGCAAAGUGGAAAAAAAAACUUUACCCGAAGCAAACGAGUUGCCGGAAGUGUUGUCCUGACAGGGGUUGCAUCAGCAGCACCAGCAACAGCAGCAGCCGGAUCCGGAACGAGAUUCGAAUGCGACGUGUUGUGACUCGGUGUGUGCGCCUCUUCUAGCGAGGAUUAAUGUGCAAGCGUAAUCAGAAACAGGCGUCGGAAGUUAGAACAACGUUACACCACUCUGUGCCCACAGCUUCAGCAGUGCAGGUGACCAGCGCUGACGAAAUUUCUCGUCACUUCCUUCCUCCCCCGUGCUACAACAAAUAUUAAUAACAACGCCAACACAAUAGAACCGCGGUGGGUGUAAAAGUGCGCGCCCGUAAGCGGAAGAAAACAAGCGAGAGAGCGGAGAAAAAAAACGACGACGACGAUUAUCAUCGCGGUGCCGAAUGAACGGAAGGACGCAGCGGGGCAAAUGGGGAUGAUGCCACUUAAUGCUGUGUUGUGCGAGCUAGCUAUCAGUGACAAAUAGGAAAAUAAUAUGUAAAUUUAUGAAAAUUUGAUAAGUUUUUCUGGGCUCGCGGUUUGUGCUUCCGGCUCCGUUCUCUGUGUCUCUGUGUCUCUGUGUGAGUCGGUGGUGCGUGUGCUGAUUUUUUUGUUUCAGUUCAGUGUUUGUGUUUGUAUUCUCGGAAACAUAAUCAGGAAUAUUUCAGUUCGGUUUUUUUUUCAUCAACCAGUCCGGGAAAAAAUGUCAUAAUUUAUGUCACUCGGUGGUGUUCGGUUAUUCGCUGGUAAUUCGUUUAAAGCAUACCGGGUGAGCAAGAAAGGAGGUAGAGGAAAGCAACAACAAAAAAGGGCCGAUUAAAUUUAACAACAUAGCGACAACAAUAAAAAAUGCACCGGUUAAAUCUUUAGAGCUCACCCAAAAAUUCGACGAUCGAGCGAAAAACGAGAGCCCCAUAUUUGUGCUUAAUGUGUGCGUGCCAGGGCUGUGUGCAAUCGCUUCGGGUAGCAGGCGAAUAUAGCAAGUGAAGUCAGUGUAAAAUUAAAUUCAGCAGUAGGAAGCGGAAGGAGGAUAGCAGAAGGAAGGGCAGAACGGACGCGGACCUUGGGGGAUGUGGACUGUGUGCCGCAGUCAAGAUGAACUCGUACGAAUUUAAUGCAACCAUGGACUGCCGUGAUAAUGGAAUACUUCGUGGAGCCGUGAAAAACAACACAAGAGGUUGCCUCCUGGACGGAGUUCCGCCUUCAGCUCCACCAGAUGUACCACCGCGUAAUCCCACAAUGAAUCGUAUGAAUGGUCGCGUCACCGGUAACCCUACAGAGCUGGGCGUCGAUUUCGAACCGUCGUGUCUGGUGCGAACGCCAUCGGGCAACGUGUACAUUCCAAGCGGAAAUUUAGCAAUCAACAACAAAGGAUCACCGAUAGACUACAAAACGGGCUCCGCCUGUUCGACACCCACGAAGGACACACUGAAGAGCUACGACCGCAACUGCAUGGGUCCGGUACUGCCGCCCCGGAGCGCCAUGUGUGGUCCCCCUUCACAUCACUACUCAGCGCCGCUGAACUUUCGCAAAGGCUUCACCAAAUGUACAUGGAAGUGUACGGCUAUACUAGUUAUAUUAUUAAGUGUUAUACUUGUUAUAACAUUAUUAUUAACAGCAUCUAACGUAUUAAGUAUAUCAUAUCCAACCACCAAUCCCUGUACAGUUCUAGUCGAUGAAAAAGCAGAAAUCUCUGCGGCCAAAAGUACGAUAGCGAAUGCGAACCGGGCAUCGGAUCCAGCGGAAAGUGGCACGGCAUCCGGUCGGGUGAAACCAGCUGCUGGCGGUAGUAGCAUCGGCAGCAGCAACAUCGGUGGCGGUGGCAUCAGCAGUGCUGCCGAUUCGCCCUCGCUAAGUUCCGCUUCCACAUCCGCGUCUUCAUCAGCGGCGUCAACCGCGCCGGCCAACAGCAAUAGCAUUAGCAAUGCAAACAGCAACAGCAACAACAACAAUAACGGAGGUGCCCGAACAUUCCCAGCACGAAGUUUCCCACCCGAUGGCACCACCUUCUCGCAGAUCAACCUCGGCCAGCGCCUCUCGAAGGAAAUUCCCCCGUACAGCUACUGGAACAUGCAGUUCUACCAGUCGGAACCGGCCUACGUUAAGUUCGACUACGGAAUACCGCGGGGAGCGUCGAUCGGUGUCUAUGCCCGCCGGAAUGCGCUGCCAACGCACACCCAGUACCACUUCAAGGAGGUGCUGAGCGGUUUCAACGCACGCCAGACACGUGCCACCCAUCCGUCGAUGCGCCGUGAAGUAACCCGCUACAUGGAACCGGGCCACUGGUUCCUGUCGAUCUACAACGACGAUGGCGACGCCCAGGAGCUCACCUUCUACGCAAUCGUAGCCGAGGACAUGACCCAGAACUGCCCGAACGGAUGCUCCGGAAAUGGGCAGUGCCUGCUCGGGCACUGCCAGUGCAAUCCGGGCUACGGCGGGGACGACUGCAGCGAGAGCGUCUGCCCAGUGCUGUGUUCCCAGCGAGGCGAGUACAUCAACGGCGAGUGCCAGUGCAAUCCCGGCUGGAAGGGCAAGGAGUGUUCACUGCGGCACGACGAAUGUGAAGUACCGGACUGCAACGGACACGGACACUGCGUCAGCGGCAAAUGUUCCUGCGUACGCGGCUACAAGGGCAAAUACUGCGAAGAAGUUGACUGUCCGCAUCCCACCUGCUCCGGGCACGGAUUCUGUGCCGAGGGCACGUGCAUCUGCAAAAAGGGCUGGAAGGGACCGGACUGUGCGACGAUGGAUCAGGACGCGCUGCAGUGUCUACCGGACUGCUCCGGCCACGGAACGUUCGAUCUGGACAGCCAGACCUGCACUUGUGAGCCCAAGUGGAGCGGCGAGGAUUGCUCCCAGGAGUUGUGCGAUCUGAACUGUGGCCCGCGGGGACGCUGUGUGGGUGACAGCUGCAGCUGCGAUGCCGGCUGGGGUGGUGAGUUCUGCAACAGCAAACUGUGCGAUCCGCGCUGCAACGAACACGGCCAGUGCAAGAACGGAACGUGCCUCUGCGUAACGGGCUGGAACGGGAAGCACUGCACCCUGGAGGGGUGCCCCAGUGGUUGCUCUCAGCAUGGUCAGUGUCACGUGAGCGGAGAACUGAUGUGGGAAUGCCGCUGUUACGAAGGCUGGGACGGACCGGAUUGUUCGGUUUCACUGGAGCAGAAUUGUGGCGAUAACAAGGACAAUGAUAGAGAUGGCCUUGUUGACUGCGAAGAUCCGGAGUGCUGCGGAAAUCACCUGUGCAAAACGAGCCAACUGUGCGUUUCAGCCCCCAAACCGAUCGAUGUGCUGCUGCGGAAACAACCGCCAGCCAUUACGGCGUCCUUCUUCGAGCGCAUGAAGUUCCUCAUCGACGAAGGCAGCCUGCAAAACUACGCCAAGCUGGAAACGUUCAACGAAAGCGUUUUUUGGAAUCAUUUUAACGCAAGCCGAUCUGCCGUCAUUCGAGGCCGUGUGGUAACCUCGCUACAGAUGGGCCUGGUAGGGGUACGUGUGAGUACGUCCACCCCCCUGGAAGGAUUCACCCUGACCCGCGACGACGGUUGGUUCGAUCUGAUGGUUAACGGAGGCGGUGCCAUUACGCUGCAGUUCGGCCGGUCGCCAUUCCGUCCGCAAACUCGCAUCGUACAAGUGCCCUGGAACGAGGUUGUCAUCAUCGAUACCGUCGUGAUGUCCACGUCGGACGAUAAGGAAAAGACGGGCUCGCCGCAUACCUGCUUCUCCCAUGAUUACGAUUCGAUGAAACCGGUAGUGCUGGCGACUUGGAAGCACGGUUUCCAGGGUGCCUGUCCGGAUCGGAGCGCCAUUCUGGCCGAAUCGCAAGUUGUGCAGGAAUCCCUAUCGAUCCCCGGUACCGGGUUGAAUCUGGUCUAUCACAGCAGCCGAGCGGCCGGAUAUUUGUCGACCAUCAAGUUGCAGCUUACUCCGGAUACUGUGCCACAAACACUGAAACUGAUCCAUUUGCGAAUCACCAUCGAAGGCAUUCUGUUUGAGAGGAUUUUCGAAGCGGACCCUGGUAUCAAGUUUACCUACCCGUGGAAUCGGUUGAACAUCUACAGGCAACGAGUUUACGGUAUCACGACAGCCGUUGUUAAAGUGGGCUACCAGUACACGGACUGUAAGGACGUUAUUUGGGAUGUUCAAACCACCAAGCUGAGUGGUCAUGAUAUGAGCAUUUCCGAAGUGGGUGGCUGGAAUUUGGACAUUCAUCAUCGGUACAACUUCCAUGAAGGUAUCCUACAGAAAGGCGACGGCUCGAACAUCUAUCUAAAGCAUAAGCCACGCGUUAUUCUAACUACCAUGGGUGAUGGACAUCAGCGGCCAUUGGACUGUCCCGACUGCAACGGCAUUGCAUCCAAGCAGAGAUUGCUGGCACCGGUUGCUUUAGCGGCCGCCCCUGACGGUAGCCUGUACGUUGGAGAUUUCAACUACAUCCGUCGAAUUAUGAUCGAUGGAACGGUGAAAACUGUUGUUAAACUGAACGCCACUCGAGUGUCCUACCGCUAUCACAUGGCGCUAAGUCCGCUGGACGGUUCGCUGUACAUCUCCGAUCCGGAGUCGCAUCAAAUCAUUAAGGUCAAGAACAAGGACGAUUCUCACGAUCCGGAGCACAACUGGGAACCGGUAGUUGGUAGUGGCGAACGCUGCUUGCCUGGUGACGAAGCCCACUGCGGUGACGGAGGAUUAGCCCGUGACGCCAAGCUAGCCUACCCGAAGGGAGUGGCCAUCUCAUCCGAUAAUGUGCUGUACUUCGCCGAUGGCACAAACAUUCGUAUGGUCGAUCGUGAUGGAGUUAUCAGCACCCUGAUCGGCAACCACAUGCACAAAUCUCACUGGAAACCUGUCCCCUGCGAGGGAACGCUGAAAAUCGAAGAAAUGCACCUCCGGUGGCCAACAGAACUAACAAUCAACCCACUGGACGACACCUUACACAUCAUCGAUGAUCACAUGAUCCUUCGCAUGACACCAGACGGUCGCGUUCGAGUAAUCGCCGGUCGUCCGCUACACUGCGCUUCGGCUGUUCCAGCAACCUUCGACUCCGAUUUGGCAGCUCACGCAACGCUCAUUAUGCCGCAAAGCAUCGCCUUCGCUCCGUCCGGUGAUCUAUACGUAGCCGAAAGCGACUCCCAGCGGAUCAACCGCAUUCGCGUCAUCGGAACGGAUGGUAAAAUUGCCGCUUACGCUGGAGCCGAAUCCAAGUGCAACUGUCUGGAGCGCGGAUGCGACUGCUAUGAAGCCGAUCACUACCUAGCGAUUAGUGCCAAAUUCAACACCAUCUCGGCCAUCACCGUCACUCCGGACGGCCACGUUCACAUCGCCGAUCAGGCCAACUAUCGCAUCCGAUCGGUGAUCUCCAGCCUGCCAGAGGCAGGUACUUCCAAGGAGUACGAAAUCUACGCUCCCAACUCCCAAGAAAUCUACGUGUUCAACCGCUUCGGUCAGCAUAUCGCCACCAAAAACAUUAUGACCGGCGAAACAACCUACAGCUUCCUGUACAACGUCAACACCUCAAACGGUAAACUGAGCACGGUCACGGAUGCCGCCGGCAAUAAGGUAUUCCUGCUACGUGACUACACCUCCCAAGUAAACUCGAUCGAGAACACCAAGGGUCAGAAGUGUCGCCUGCGGAUGACUCGCAUGAAGAUGCUGCACGAGCUAAGCACCCCGGACAACUACAACGUAACCUUCGACUAUCACGGACCAACGGGACUGCUGAAAACUAAACUCGAUUCCACCGGUCGUUCGUACGUGUACAACUACGACGAAUUCGGUCGGCUAACGUCAGCCGUCACUCCAACCGGCAAAGUGAUUGACCUUAGCUUCGAUCUCAGCGUUAAAGGGGCAACCGUAAAGGUGACGGAGAAUUCCCAGCGUGAAGUUUCCAUGCUUAUCCAAGGUUCGUCGGUGGUUUCCCGGGUCGGUGAAGCAGCUACUAAGACAACAGUACUGGUAGAUGGUGGAACGACCAGUGUAUCACCAUGGGGUAACGUAGUUUCGGUCGAGUCUGUACCGUACAUUCUACUAGCGGAAAUCGAUCCACUGCUGGGCGAAAGUUACCCGGUACCAUCGAAACAACGCACGGAAAUCAACGGUGAUCUAUCGAACCGCUUCGAGUGGCGCUACUUCAUCCGUCACGUUCCCGUACGUGGAAAGAACGCACGUGCUCUCACCCAGGUUGGUCGUAAGCUGCGCGUCAACGGAGAUAACCUGCUAACGUUCGAGUACGAGAAAGAUAGCUCAUCUAUAACGGUAUCCGUAGAUGACAAAACUGAAUUGCUGAAUGUUACCUACGAUAAGUCAUCGCGUCCGGUUGCCUAUAGACCGCAGUCGGGCGAGUACGCCGAUGUGGAUUUGGAGUACGAUCGAUUCGGUCGGUUGAUCUCUUGGAAGUGGGGUAACUUAAAAGAGGAUUAUACCUUUGACCGCGCGGGACGUCUGAACGAGAUCAAAUAUGGUGACGGUAGUUCGAUCGUGUAUGCUUUCAAGGAUAUGAUCAGCAGUCUACCGCUGAAGGUGACGACUCCAAGACGGUCGGAUUACCUACUGCAGUACGAUGACGCGGGUGCGUUGCAAUCGCUGACUACUCCGAGAGGUCACAUACACGCGUUUUCACUGCAAACUUCGUUAGGAUUCUUCAAGUAUCAGUACUUCUCGCCUAUAAAUCGACAUCCGUUCGAGAUUCUGUAUAACGAUGACGGGCAAAUUUUGGCCAAGAUUCAUCCUCAUCAGUCUGGGAAGGUAGCGUUCGUGUAUGAUAAUGCGGGACGGCUUGAAACGGUGCUGGCGGGAUUGUCCUCCACGCAGUAUACUUAUCAGGAGAGUACGAGCUUGGUGAAGAUGGUGGAUGUACUGGAGCCUGGUUUUGAGCUGCGCAGGGAGUUCAAGUAUCACGCGGGUGUGAUGAAGGACGAGAAGCUGAUGUUUGGUUCGAAGAGUGCACUGGCUUCGGCUCACUUCAAGUAUCAGUACGAUGGUAAUGCUCGGUUGAGUGGAAUAGAGAUGGACAUUGACGGAAAGGAUUUACCGAUCAUGCGGUUCAAGUAUGGACAGAGCUUGGGAACGCUGGAUGCGAUUAGUGACUUGAGGAUCACUAGGAAUGCGUUCAACCGGACCGUGGUUCAGGAUACUUCGAAGCAGUUUUUCACGAUCACCGAUUUUGACGAACAUGGAAGGGUUAAGAGUGUGCUGAUUAACAUUAAAUCGUUUGAUGUUUACCGGUUGGAGCUGGACUACGAUUUGCGGAAUCGGAUCAAGACACACAAGGUGAUGGUUGGUAGAGUGACUUCACUGGAUAAGGUCAAUUACAAUGCCGAUGGUCAUGUGAGUGAGGUUGUUGGAACCAACUCCUGGAAGUAUUUGUACGAUGAGAAUGGAAAUAUUAUCAGUAUUUUGGAGCAGGGUGAUAAGACGAAUCUGGGUUAUGAUACGGGUGAUCGCGUGGUGCAGGUGGGUGAUGUAGAGUUCAACAGCUACGAUGCUCGUGGCUACGUGGUGCGACGAGGCGAGCAGAAAUAUCGUUACAACAACCGUGGACAACUGAUUCAUGCCUUGGAGCGAGAUCGCUUCCAAACGUGGUAUUUCUAUGACGAUCAGGGACGUCUGGUCGCCAGCCACGAUGAAAAGGGUAACGUGACGCAAUACUUCUACACCAACAUCAACUCACCGGAACUGAUUACGCACAUCCACUAUCCGAAAGUGUCACGAACCUUCCGAUUUUUGUAUGACGAUCGUGACAUGCUGGUGGCAGUGGAAACCGGAGAGCAGCGUUACUAUGUAGCCACCGAUCAGAACGGAUCUCCGAUCGCUUUCUUCGACAUCAACGGAAACAUCGUGAAGGAGAUUCGCCGAACGCCGUUCGGUAAGAUCAUCAAAGACUCGAAUGCGGACUUCUUCGUUCCCAUCGACUUCCAUGGCGGUUUACUGGAUCCGAACACGCGGCUGGUGUAUAUGGAGAAACGACUGUACGACACUUCGGUGGGUCAAUGGAUGACACCUUCGUGGGAGCAGUUGGCCACCGAGAUGCGGCUGCACACCGAUGUGUUCAUCUACCGCUUCCACAACAACGACCCCAUCAACCGGAAAGAACCGAUGAACUACAUGAACGAUCUCAAGUCCUGGCUGCGGCUGUUCGGGUACGACGUCACCAAAAUGCAGGGCUCGAAGUACACCAAGGAUAUGAUCUACAAGCCGAAAGCGAUGAUCAAGUCACCCCAGCUGGCACCGGACUUUGGUGUGAUGUCCGGACUGCAGUGCAUUGUUGAAAAGGUUGACGAACGAUUCUCCGAUUUUGGAUUUGUACCGAAACCGCUGCUGAAGAUGGAACUCAAGACGAGAAAUCUACUACCGAGGGUGGCCUACCGGCGGGGAGUUUUCGGCGAAGGUGUUCUAAUUUCCCGAAUCGACGGUCGUGCUCUAGUCAGUGUCGUCGAUGGGUCUAACAGCGUCGUCCAGGAUGUCGUUUCGUCUGUCUUCAACAGUUCGUACUUCCUGGAUCUACACUUCAGCAUCCACGAUCAGGAUGUUUUCUACUUUGUGAAGGACAACAUCAUGAAGCUGCGCGAUGAUACGGAGGAACUGCGCCGACUCGGUGGAAUGUUCAACAUCUCAACGCACGAAAUCAACGAUCAUGCCGGUACGAAUGGUAAGGAACUUCGUCUCCACGGUCCGGACGCGAUAGUGAUUAUCAAGUACGGCGUCGAUCCGGAGCAGGAGCGACAUCGCAUACUGAAACAUGCCCACAAGCGUGCGGUCGAGAGAGCCUGGGAGCUCGAGAAGCAGCUGGUCGCUGCCGGUUUCCAGGGCCGCGGUGAUUGGACCGAGGAGGAAAAGGAGGAGCUCAUCUCGCAUGGCGACGUCGACGGUUGGGUCGGUGUGGACAUUCACAGCAUACACAAGUACCCGCAGCUGGCGGACGAUCCCGGCAAUGUAGCGUUCCAACGCGACUCGAAACGAAAGCGGCGGAAGAGCGGAAAUCACAAAACGCUGCGUCAGCACAGGCACGAAAGCUCGUGAAAUAGCAGCGCUCCGCUAGUGCAAUCUCUAUCCAAUCUGUGAGGCUUUCCAAAACAAAAAUCAAGCAAGCCAUGAAAUAAAAAAAAACACACAUAAACAAACAAAUGCGGCAAAAGAAAUCAAGUAAAUUUCAUAGAAUGCUCUCUCUUAUAAGGAAAGUCUUUCUCCGAGAACUGAUUUGAAGAGACGGAAGUAAAUAUUAGGAAUAUUGUGAUACAUAGAUUUAUUUUGGAUUAUUUUCAUAGGGUUAAACGAAAAAUUGAAGAUGAUAGGAACUGCGGCAAGUUUUCUACGCUCGAGCAAGCUCUUUCUCAUUCGAGUCGCGACGAAGCGCAUUCAACAGCAGGAUGUUAAUAUCAGAACAGCAGAAAAAAAAACACUCACACAAAUGAAACGAAGAACAAAGAAAACUGCAUAUUUUUAUAGUAGAUGCACCACCCAAACCAAACCCCCAUCAGCAGCAGCAGCAGUCGAAAGAAGGCUAAACGUCAUACAUUAAGUAGAAAAGUAUGGUUUCCGCCAUGUUGUGAAUGUCAUCAUAUUUUCCAACCAAACACCGACCCAUCAACAACAUCAUACAACAAAGCAUCAUCAAAUGACAAGAAAAUAAAACGUAAAACACAAUAACCAUUAACUGUUAGAAAAAUUGUGCAUUGCAAAUAAUCAAUCCUUUUUGCAGAAAAAAGAGACAACAAAAAGAAAGAAACAAAUAUAAUCGUAAACAAAAGCAUACAUUAUACGCUGAAAAUCAAAACUGUUUUACAAACAAACACAUACAUUCACACCCUACUAACACACUCACACAAACACUAAUACAAAGUAAUAAACAAAUCAUCAUUCGUCAUGUAGUAGAAAGGAGAAGAAAAAAAAGAGAACAAGCGAAUUAUCAUUUUAUACAUUUUGAGUGCAUGACGUCAGGAUGAGACUGGGCCCGGCUGGGCAGUGGCAGACAGAGAAAGGGAGAGAAUAAAAAAAACAAAACAGAACAGCCCUCUAAAUAGUGAAGAAUGUAGUUAAUUAGAUGACAAUUAAAUGUGAACAUUGUGGAUGUCUUUUAGCAGUUAAGCGCAAAGCAAAGUACAUUUUAAGGUCGAACGAAAAAGCAAAAAAAAGUGUUGCUAACGAAGAAACUGUGUAGAAAGAAUAGAAGAAGAAGAAAAAACAGAAUUUGGUGUUGUGCAAACAGUGCCAUUCAACUAGUCGAUAUGUCUUAAAUGACAGCAGAAAAAAAAACACAUAAAACAAGUGUAAAAAUAACAUAGUGAAACACUUGCAGCAUACAGUACCGGAGACAACUCAAACCAUGGUCGUGGCGAUAUUUUUACUACAAGAACAACAAAACAUGACAGCAACAAAAAAAAAACAAAGAAUCUUUAUGAUAUUAAAAAAAAACAAAAAUAGAAUGAUUAGGGAUGAUAGGAGAGCAAUGGGUUUGAGCACCCGGACGCAGUGUAAGCGGAUAAAGUGAAGAACAAACAUUAUUCUAGAGCAAACAAAAAAAAUAGUAAGGUGCCAUAGAAAAGGGAAGAAGAGACCGGCUUAGCGUGAUGAGUAGAACGCUCCCGGUAGAGGACCGUAAUAGGUGAACAAAAACAAAAAUAUCCUUAUUAGUAGGUGACACUCAUACAACUGUACAGUAUAAUUAGUCGAUAGGCAGAAAGCAGCAAGAGAGACGACGAUCGCGCGAUAAUACUUAUAGGCAAAUCUUGUUCCUCUUCUUCUGCUUGAUUUUACUCGAAUGAUUUUACCGACUGUGGAUAAGCCUGUGAGAAAAACAAAAAAAAAACUCAAUGGUUACAAAGAAAAGCAUGCCAUGCCAUGCGUUGUUUUUAUUCGUUAAUAUUUUGCAGCACCGAAAACAAGGCAGUUCAGUUUCUUUUUUCGAUUCAGAAUCGAGCUUAAUAACAACGGUAAAAGUUGGUGAAACUUCCACAGUGCGGGAAAAAACAAGAAGACAAAACAAACGAAAACACAUGAAUCCGUCUUGCUUCCUGAUUUUAAAAGUGACACGUUAGGAGAAACAUAUUCUCUCUAGUAGGUUGUCAAUAUGACAGAAGAAAAACAAACAAACAAACGGAGAUUAAACCACACUCAAAAGGUUGACAUAAAACCAAAAAUUGACGAAGAAUUCUCUCUCUAUCUCUCUAUUCUUGGCUUCUACAGGGUAUUUGUAAUAAAAACGGACAAAGAACAGAAACUUAAGAGAUGAAUCAUUCAAUACUCACGCGCAGGAAGGAAAAAACAAUACCAAACUUAAGCGAACACAACCAUAAACACUUUUUGGGUUCGAUUAUCGCCUCUCUGUUAAGUUUCCAAACAAACAAAAAACCAGUAGCAUGACAACACAGAAUACUCUCACAUAGCAUCAACCAGAACAAGUACCGAUACUCGCUCAUACUCGAACUUUCCCUCUUUCUCGUUUUACGAAAGGCGAAAGCUCGAACCGGUAGUAGACAGACACACGCUUACAAAUUUUCCUCUCGCUCGUUAGUUUUUUUUUAUUUACCUUCCUCCGAACAGCAAAUAAUUAGUAGUAGCACAGUACAACGUUACGUAACAGUAGAGAAAGAAUGUUUAUUUACCACCGCAACCCGGGUAACUCCAGAAGCGGAAGCAGCAUUUUACACGAUAAUUUGACCACCAGUAACAAAAAAAACGAAGCACAAAGAAAAACCCGACACACAGAAGCGCCAGGUUGUGGUAGUGAAAACUUCCCUCCCCUCCGAGGCAUUUUCUUAGAAUACACUAGUGAAGGUUGUAGAAAUUGAAAAAUUGGCGAGAAAAAAAAACGACUAAAAGCAAUAUAAGGAAAGAAGGGAUAGAACGCAAAGCGAAAAGCCAUAGCCAAACCAAACACUUUAUUGUUGUUUUGGUUACAGCGUUAUGUUUCCCUAUCAAUAAACGCUCAAGUUAUCCCAAGCAACGAGCAGAAAUUUUCAACCGGUUUUCUGUUAUAGAAAAUCAAUUGCUAAAAGUUUAAAUCCAACCCAACCGACGAUACGAAAUUGUGCAAUCAAAUUAAUCUCGAACACAUAUACACGCGCACGCGCGUCAUAAUCAUAGUGUACUUUUUCAUUUGUGCAAAAAAAAGCUACACCUUUUGACUAUUGGUUAAGAUUUGAUCUGAAACGAAUGGCUAAGAUUUGUAAAAGUUGUACAUAACUUGUUUGUCGAUAGCAGCAACCUGUGUAUUUAUUGUUUUACAUCAUCUCUCUCUAUUGUCUACGCAUACGCCAAUAGAUUUUUAGUGAGUUCCAUUUGGACAAAGAUAGCAUUAUAUCCAACGUUUCUCGUUGAGUUGUUGUACAUAAAGGGAAUGCUCCUGUGUCGACCGCGAAUUGCGGCUAACCGUGACACCAUCGCCCAGAGAAUUUCCACUGGUUCGAACGUUAAUUAAGCAUAACUAUAAUACAGUACUCCCCAACCCCUUGCCCCCCCUUAUACCGUUAUGUACAUUAUAUUUUUCCCACCCUUCCCACCUUAUAUCCUAAACUAAAACUAAGAACUGUAGUAGGACUGGCAAAUCAAAGUUUUUAAAGUUUAACCGAUUGACAGCGAAGCAAACUUUGUUGUAGCCGUCGCCGGUUGUAAUCAAAGAAGGCGUAACAAAGCGCGAAGACUACCGAUCGAAUUCAGUUCGAUAUACAAGAAAGAAAGAAAACCCGAAGCAGAAGAAAAACGAAAGUAAGUGAGUGAAUAACUUUUUUUUUCUUUUGUAAAAUACUAAACCCAGGGGCGAAACCGUAUAUACAUAGUGAGGGCAAGGAUGUGCUAGAAACUGGCCCCGAUGAAUGGUAAAUUUAGUGGUAAACAAA